AUGAAGGUUCAGUAUGGAGAUGCAUGUUUGUCAUGGCCACAAAUCUAUGAAUGGUGCCGGAAAUUUGCAAAUGGUGUUACGUCCGUGGCCGAUGCUCCACGCCCCGGCAAGGCUCGGCGCGUAGUGACUCCAGAGACCAUUUCAGCCGUUGAAGCCAUCGUUUUGGAAAACCGCCGUGUGACAAUAGACGAAAUUGCAGCAUGUGUACACAUGAGUCAUGGAUCGGCACAUCAUAUUGUGCAUGAUGUUCUCCAGUUUCAUAAGGUGUCUGCAAGAUGGGUGCCCCGACAACUGACGCCUGAACUGAAACAGCGACGUGUUGAUGCGUGCGAAAGACCUUUUGUGGCGUGCUGA